AUGGAAACCCAAACGUCGAACUGGAUACCCCAUCAUACUCACUUUACAAAGGUAUGCACCUCGGAAACAAGUCAGGACAUUCGCGCUUUACCGUGUAAAGAAAAUAGGUUACUCAAUGACUGUACGGCCUUAUCAAUUCCAGGCAAAGCGCAUGUCAGCCCGGUGAGCAACUACGCACCGGUGUCUGCACUCACUCCUGUACAAGCUCCGGUGAAAGUAGCCAAAGGAAUACUGCUCUCCAUAAGGGUGGUUAAUCCUGAGGGUGCUAGUCACAACGGCUACGCUGCUCAAGUGCCCAUUCAUUUCUCUGACGGCCGUGUGCAAGCGGGACCCGUAACAUACGCUGGCAGUGGUAAGGCGCCGUGCCCGGAAGACCAGCACGAGCACGGGCAACUCCAAGUUCAAGGUGGUACUAACGUCUUCCAUCCGGUUCAAGUCCCAGGUUAUGGCGUCUCAAGUGCCAGAGGAUACUCCACCUACCAAAGUGCUGUAGAAGGCAAGGGUUACGCUGGCCAGACAGCUGGGCCAGUUGCUGUGCAAGUUGUGCCGGGGCAAGAUAAAUCUUACCAGUAUCAACAGCAGGGCUACACGGCACAAGUUCCCGCUGCAGCACUUCAGGCUGGUGGAAACGGUUAUGGAGCCGGUUAUGAGGGUGGUGCUCCACAAGUUCAACAAGGAUAUCAGGUCGUUGAGGUGGCAGGUGGCGCAGCCCCUGGAGGUAGUGCGGCACCGUACGGGGCAGGUGCAGCAGGUCAACAAGGCUAUGGCGCUGCGGGGCAGCAGGGGUACGGAGCAGGCGAACAAGUUGUUCUUGAAAAUGCUGGGGGACCAGGUUAUGGUGGAUCAGGGCAGGAAGGAUAUAGCGGUGCAGGACAGCAAGGCUAUGGAAGCGCAGGACAACAAAGCUACGGAGGCGCAGGACAACCAGGAUACGGAGGCACAGGCCAAGGAUACAGUACUGCCGGGCAACAAGGUUAUGGCGGUGUAGGACAACAAGGUUAUGGCAGUGCAGCGCAACAAGGUUACGGUGGUGUAGAACAACAAGGUUAUGGCAGUGCAGCACAACAAGGUUACGCUGGGUCUGGUCAAGAAGGUUAUGGUGGUGCUGGCCAAGAUGGAUAUAACGGAGCUGUCCAGCAAGGCUAUGGCGUUUCAAGCCAAGAAGGGUACAGUGGGGCUGGGCAACAAGGGUAUGGUGCAGCAGAUGGAGCACAGUCCUACGGUGUAGGUGCCCAACAGGCAUACAGCGAUGCCGGACCCCAAGGCUACAGAGGUGGAAAGGCUUACUCUCGGCCGGGGCUCGAUGUUCUAUCUCAACUACAAGGCAACGGCAAUGGUGGACACCAGCAGGUUUUCCUCUUCUCUGGUCCCGGAGGUGGGGGAAAGGCUGGUUAUGGAGGAGAUCAGGGAGCAGGCAAGUCAUAUGGCACUAGCGAAUACAACGGGCAGCAGCUAACCUUUGAUGUAGCUGAAGCUCCAGCAACAGGAGCCAAGGGUUCUUUUGGUGGCCUUGUGGGAGUCCAGAAUUAUAAUGGAGGCUCUGCUGAAUUUGGCAAGCCGUAUCAACCUGGAGGGGCCUAUCCUGCGGGAGGGUCAUCGUACGAGAUUUCACCGACGUCUUUCAAGGGAUCAUCUGGGAGAUCGUUCGGUUCAUUUGGUGGUGGUGACCAGGGUUUCCUCAUAACCAGCGCGCAAGGACCUGGAUAUGGAAAAUCGUAUGGCUCCUUCGGCGGCGGACAGUCGUCUUUCAAGGGAGGCCAGUCAUACGGAUCUUCAAACGCGUUCUUUUCGGGAAGUCCGUACGCUGCAAACCGGCUAGAGCUUCUAAAGUACACAGCAGACGACGCACUUCUCAACCGAGGCUCUAAAGGAUACGGCGGCUCUCGAAGGUACAAGAGUCCAGGAGGAUACAGUGCUUGA